CUCAAUAAGUUUUUUGUCUUUUUUUGGGGGAAAACCUCCCUCAUAUGCAUUGGGGGGAGGCGGCGGUAUUUGACAACCUUUUUAACAAAAACGGAACGAACGGAUAUGAAAUGCGUCAAAAGAUCAGGCAACAUUUUGGUUGUGUUACUCAUAACAACGGGCAGCGGCAGCGGCGUUCAGUUUUAUUUUAUAUAAAUCUGGUCAGCUUUAUUACCCUUAUUUUUUUAUUUCAUUUUUUUCAUGAAGAAUUUAUCAAGCUUUACCAAAAUAAAAAAAAAAUAAAAAAAAAAGAGUUACAUCUGCAUCUUUAUGAGAGAGACCCCCACUGUACUUUUUUUUUUUUUUUUUUUUUUUUUUUUUUUGCCUUAGAAAACAUGACGUUUUUUAUUGACAUCUCUAUCGUCUGUUCCAGACUCCCUCACUGAGGGGCGCUGUAACAAAUAAAAAACGUUUUGUAACAGACAAUUAAACUUUCUUUUUUCGUCCCCAGUCUGAAUAAUGAUUUUCUAACCCAUCAAGAGUUAUAACAAACAGCAUUUAUGGUCAAGCAGGUAUAAUUCUUGUUAGCUUCAUAACCCAUGUGCAUCCACCUGAUACUCUCUUGACGCACUGACGGUCAACAAUAUUUAUAAAAGAAGUUAUUUUAGCCUUCACCUCGUG